UUUCAAAAUAAAAUCUGGCAGCUCUGGUCAGUUACACGUUCGUUCUUGUCUUUCAAUUGCAUGAUGUAAACGAUGUAAACAAACGAUCAAGCGGUAUUUUACAUUAUAUACAUGGAUUUUUAUUCACUGCAUCGAGAAUGGCAAAUUCACCAGUACCAGGCACAAGCCGAAGAUGCUCUGGUCGACUUUCCCUUUCACGGAAAUUUGCUGAUACCUCGAGAUCUAGCUCUCGCUGUUCUGUGAUAAAAACACCACUACAUCUAUCUCCGGUGCAUUCCGACGAGGAUACAAAACUGAUGCACAUUCUCUCACAGAAUCCGUUCCGACUUACAGAUCGGACAUUGGCGGAGGAGGAUGAUCUCCUUUCAGAAGUGCCCGAUGCACUCACGAUAUCUUCGAACGAAGCAAUCAAGGAGCAAAAGGCAUUUCACGAACAAUCUGUGAUUUCGAUUAGUAGCGGAAGCGAUCAAGAAUUGAGUCCCACGCCGCGAAAAAGUACAAUCGCGGAAUUUUUUACACCAGUCAGACAUAAUUCAACGACUUCCCGAAUGCCCGUAAGCUCCAUUAUUUCUGCACAGAACACACCUUCCUGCAAAUCAUCCAAGACAAACACUAAAAAGGUGAACAGAAUACGAAAACAAAUAUGUAAGAGUACAAAUAUUAAAAUGCUUAGCAAAAAACAUUUUGAUGAUUCACAAAAAAGAAUAACAAACUUUUUCCUCAAAACUGAGGACAAAAACUUAUUUGGUUACCAUCGAGUGCUGAAGGAGUCAGCCAUGCCUGCGAUCAACACCGGAGACGCAGACAUCGAGGGUUUAUUAGACAUUAAUUUGAGUGAAAAAUCAAGUCCCUUGAGACCAAGCCAACUACAAGGGCCUUCUAUGAGUCCCGCACCGAAUGAUCCGAUAAAGAUUAUCGAACGAAUAGAAAAAGUUCAAAGUGCCUAUUACGAUAAAGAGAAAGAAGACUGGAACAUGGAGAAUAUAGAGGUCUCAGUUUUCGCUAGUAAGGACUCUGAGGAAACUGUAGAUUCUGGUUACUCAAAUGAUGGUCCCUUAGCGAUGGCAGGACCGUCGAAAAGUGAAGGCACCAGGAAACCAGCUUCGGUUAAGCGCAAAGAUUUAAAAACGAACAAAAAUUUGGGACCAAAAAUUUCUGCACAGGGAAUGGCUGAAAAGAAACGGAAGACAGUUUGUCCACGGUACAAAAUUAUCGCCGGAACGACUUUUGCUGUCGAUGCCUUCCGGUAUGGGGACAUCGAAGGUGUUUCGCACUAUUUUCUAACGCAUUUUCAUGCCGAUCAUUACAUUGGGCUAAAGCGAAGUUUCGCCAAACCGUUGAUAAUGUCCCCGAUCACGGCUCGCCUGGUGAAAGCUUUUAUCAAUGUAAGCGAGGAGUAUUACACGACCGUGGAAUUGCAUGUGCCGAUAGUAAUUGAUCAGGUUCGAAUAACGGCACUAGAUGCCAAUCAUUGCCCGGGAGGAGUUAUGUUUCUAUUUCAACUUCCCGACGGAACUAACAUUCUUCACACGGGGGACUUUCGUGCCAGUGCCGACAUGGAGGAGUAUCCAGAGUUCUGGAAUAUGAAUAUUGACAUUGUUUACCUCGACACGACGUAUCUGUCGUCAAAAUAUGCAUUCAAAUCGCAAUGGGAAAGUAUCACCGACGUAUGUAGUCAGAUAAGAUCAUUUUUAGAUCGAAAUAUUGGGACACGAGUGCUGAUAGUUUGCGGAAGUUAUUUGAUUGGAAAAGAGAAGGUGUGGGCCGAAGUUGCAACACAAUUUAAUUAUAAAGUUUGGACGGAGCCGAACCGAAGAAAAGCACUUAACGCGAUUGCCGAUGUCGAACAACAGAAGUUAUUGAUCGACAAUCCCAAGGAAGCAGAUGUUCAUGUUCUCUCGAUUAACACAAUAUCGUACGAUGGACUAGUUGCUUAUCUUGAUUCUUACCCAGAUCAGUACGACAGUGUUAUUGCAAUACGACCUAGUGGAUGGGAGAAAAACAGUCGUCCGCAGUUUCGCGGGAAGAUAAACAUAAUAGGUGUUGAGUACUCCGAGCAUUCCAGUUACGACGAAUUGAAACGAUUUGUUCGAUUUCUCCGACCACGGGAGGUUAUCAGUACUGUUCCGUAUGGUAAUUCCAACAUGAACAAAACCCCGCAAGUGCCUAACAGUUGGUAUCAAGGAGAGAUUAAACCCGAGCGGCAAGCGUUACAAAUGUCGAUGACAUCGUUCGUGAAAGUUUAUUCCAAACCAACUCCGAAGAUGCAAACUAGGUCACAGAAAGUAGCAAGUAUGAGAGCCACCAGUAGCUCAAUUUUAUCGGAUCCUGUGCCAACGCGUGAUAAAAAAACUGUCCUGGGUAAGGAUACGAAGGAAGUUGUGCUGGUUGACACAGUUGUACAUUCCGAGACAAAUGAACAAGAUGGCAACGAUUCGGAUAGCGAUUGGACACCCUAGGUGAGGCCGUAGGAUACACAGGUAGAACCAGAAAAUUAUUGUUUGUGGAGAGUCAUUCCAGAGUAGGGUGUGCACGGCUGUAGAAAGUAUUCAUAUAGGUGAUUUUUUUGGUUCUUUCUGAAACAUUUCAUAGUGAUGCGAAUCCCCAGAAGAGAUAGCAUUUAGCCUGUAUUGAGGGUCUUAAAGAAAUUUGUUAAAAGUUACCAUAUUGUAUCAGAUGUUUUAAAAUGAUGUUUAUGCAAUAAACAAGCCAAAGCGAUAUAUUUCUACUCUACCAGUUAUUUAGAUGAUAAUUAACGUAUUAUUGCACUUUAGUCUAUUAUUUUAUAUUUUCAUCAUAUCCAUAGAUGUUUUUGAUUAAUCUAGUUGUUAUCUCAUAGUACGCGUUAUGAAUUUUAAAACAACUGUUGAUUUUUAGUCUCAAAUGUCUUUAAAUUUAUAAAAAUAAGCAAAAGUGGAUUGGACAAAGGAAAAAGAACGGUAUUCUAGCUUGACCAAACGUACUACAAGUACACAGAAGUUCAAUACCAGUUUGCAAAAAGUUAAAUAUAAAGAAC